AUGCCACGCCCACGCACAAAUUGGGACGACACUGAAACCAAGCUUUUGCUGGACAUGUGCCUUCAAGAGAAGGACAAGUACAACUUCAACCAGUUUGGUGUAACUAGGGACGGCUGGAACAACAUUUACCCGUACUUCCUACACUAUGAUCGGAAACAGGUGAACAACAAACUAGCUUCCCUGAAAACCCAAUACCAAAAAUGGAAGGAUGGGCUAUCAGCCACUGGGUUCUGUCGGGACACACAAACGGGGGGCAUUGCCACUGAUCCUGAGUACCGGAAGACCCAAGACGCUACCCAGCCCGAUAGCGACAACAAUACCCAGUGCGCAGAAACAAGUGCGGCUGGUGCAGCUCGUUGCAAACCACCCCGUUUCCUGAAUGAACUUGGAGCACUCUACGGCGACCGGAACUGCAACAUGGGCUCUUUCAUGUCCGCAGGUGGCAUUGGUGCCUCAACGCCUCCUCAUGUUGUGUGGCUGCAAGAUCACAUCGGACCGUCCAGUUAUCAUUCCGGUUCCAAAAGGGACACCAGGGACCAAGUUGUUAACAGCCCAGAGAAGAAAGCUUGCAACGUGGGGGAAUACAUGGCACGGUUAUCGGAAAGCAUUGCUGCGAUGAGUACAUCUCGUGAUCGAGAACGUACCCGUGAGCAGGCGGAGGUCAACGAAGCAAUGCCAAUCCUACGAGACGACGGUGUGCCAGUUCCUUCAGACAUGUACUUCGAAGCCUUGGAGCUGUUCAAGAACUCUGUGUACCGUAGGGAGUUCAAGAAUAUGGAAAACACAGGAGUUCGUAUUGCUUGGCUCACGUGGCACAUGAAUAGGAACAAGAAGACGAUAUUAUUUGGUGGACUCCGGGUACGCACUUCGCCCGGGAUAUAUGACGCCACAUCCAAGAAGGAGGUGACAGGGAGCAAAGAGCAGCAGCGGAUGGCAGGAUGGAGAGGGUUCAAGUUGUGCAAUGGCCUGGCUGCUGGUGUUUGA